AUGGCGACCCCGCUGCAGUUUGCGUACCGAACCCAAAAGACCAUUGGUCUUUUCGAUGCCGCGCCCGCUUACGAGUCUGUCGCUGGGUUCAACAAGCCUGAGGGGAAUCUACGAUGCUGCAACUACUCUCCCUGCGGCCGGUUCUUCGGCUGGGCCUCGCCAGAUGCCGUCAAUGUAGUCGAUUCUUCAAGUGGUCAGGAGGUCCUGAGUCUACCAAUCACCAACGUAUACGAAAUCGGCUUCUCGCCGCGCGGUACCUUCAUCAUCACCUGGGAACGACCUGCUAAAGAUGAGAAUGGCGAUGCAACCAAGAACCUCAAGGUAUGGCGCACUCUCGAGGAGGGUGUCGCUGGUGCCGACAAGCAACCACUCGGCAAGUUCGUUCAGAAGCAGCAAGGGAACUGGAAUCUGCAAUAUACGGCCGAUGAGAAGUAUUGCGCUCGUCUCGUUACAAAUGAAGUUCAGUUUCACGAGAGUCAUGAUCUCGUGACAGUCUGGAACAAGCUCAGAAUCGAGGGCGCAGCAAGCUACGCACUUGCACCAGGGACGCAAAACCAUGCUGUUGCCGUUUUCGUUCCUGAGCGAAAGGGUCAACCAGCUGCGGUUAAGGUGUUCAAUGUGCCGUUGUUCAACGCUCCCACUUCUCAGAAGACUUUUUACAAGGGAGACAAGGUUCAAUUCAAGUGGAACAAGCAAGGGUCAAGUCUGCUCGUACUGGCACACACGGAAGUUGACAAGACCGGAAAGAGUUACUACGGCGAAACGACCCUGUAUCUCAUGAGUACCAGUGGUUCCAUCGACGCACGUGUGACCUUGGAUAAGGAAGGCCCUAUCCAUGACGUCUCUUGGUCGCCAAAUUCCAAGGAGUUUGGUGUCGUUUACGGGUACAUGCCAGCCAAGGCUACCAUCUUCAACCACCGUGCCAUUCCUCAGCACUCUUUCCCUCUUGGUCCCCGAAACACCAUUACUUUCUCACCAAACAGCCGCUUCGUUCUGGUUGCAGGCUUUGGUAACCUUGCAGGUCAGAUUGACAUCUAUGACCUCCAGAAGGACUAUCGAAAGAUAUGUACCAUCGAGGGCGGUAACCCCAGUGUCUGCGAAUGGAGCCCCGACAGUCGAUACAUUAUGACCGCAACUACCUCCCCACGUCUUCGUGUGGAUAAUGGCAUUAAGCUUUGGCACGUCAGCGGAGGCAUCAUGUACAAUGAGGACAUGGUGGAGCUAUACCAGGUCGAGUGGCGUCCCUCGGCUCCAGGAAGUGUUGCCAGUGGUGAUCCACUAGCACCAAUUCCUGCUGCUCACUCCUCGGCGACGGACUAUCUUGGUAAGGUCAAGACACCAAGCAAGCCAGUGGGAGCCUACCGUCCUCCGGGCGCUCGUGGUCUAUCCACUCCCUUGCACUUCAAGCGAGAAGAUGAAGGCGGUGCUGCUCACUUUGUCAGCAACGGUACACAGAACGUUGGGCCCAGUGGCUUCGGCCGCGCUCGCCGCGCCGUUCCCGGAGCUGAGCCACUAGAGGCAUCGCCUCCUAUCAGGUCCGUGCCAGGUGCUGAGCCUAUAGGUGACGGUGAUGCAUCGAAGAAGAACAAAAAGAAGCGAGGCAAGAAGGGCGGCCAAGGCGAUGGCAAGGCUGAGGCGGAACCCAGUGGAGGCGCCAGCCUCGCUCCGCCACCCCGUGAUCAUGCUCCUGGCUCAAACGGUGAGGGCCGCAGCCCAGAGCGCCGUGGUAAUAACGGCCGCAAUCACCGGAGCCAGUCCAGGCAUGACGGAAACAGAAACCGAAGCAACACUCAGCAGGGUGCUGCACGGGGCAACAACGGCGCUAACCCCGCUGCGCAGCAGCAGGGAGGACAGCCUGCUGCCAAUGGUUCUCAGGUCUCCCAGGACCCCAACGCAAAGAAGAUUCGCAGCCUGCAGAAGAAAAUCAGGGCGAUUGAGGAUCUCGAGAUGCGACUCGCCGGCGGUGAGAAGCUGGAGGAUACUCAGUUGAAGAAGAUCAACACGAAGGCUUCGGUUCUCAAGGAGCUCGAUGCUUUCGGUGCUGAGGUUUAG